UAGCUUAGCUUCCUCCAUCUCCAUUGGCCACCCACCACCAUUGUCUUCUCCUCCCAUAUUCUUCACCUCGCUCGUCGUCGUCUUCCUCCCCCGCCGCCGGCCGGUGCGGGCUGGUGUUCGUUCACACUUACCGGCCAGCCACCGCACGCCAUUGCUGGCAUUGGAAGGUGAUGGCGCUGGAGGCGGUGGUUUACUCCCACGGCGGCCAUUUCGGCGGGUACGGCGGCGGGCUGAUGGGCGGCGCCCCGGCGGCGCCGUGGGAUGUCUUCGCAGCCGCCGGUGGCGGCGGGAGCUGGGACGAUCCCGGCCUGUUCGCGGCAGAGGCGUCUCUUGAUGUGAUCCAGGGCGUGGAUGAGUGGGAGGUGGAUCAGGAUCAGCAUGCUUCUUCUUCUUCUAAGGUGGCGGCGCGGCCGCCUGUGAAGGCGGCGGCGGCGGCGGGGAAGAGAAAGAGGCGGCGGGCGAAGGCGGCGAAGAACCGGGAGGAGAUCGAGAGCCAGCGGAUGACCCACAUUGCCGUCGAGCGAAACCGCCGCCGCCAGAUGAACGAGUACCUCGCCGUGCUCCGCUCCCUCAUGCCACCUUCCUACGCCCAAAGGGGUGACCAAGCAUCCAUAGUUGGGGGAGCAAUCAACUACGUGAGGGAACUAGAGCAGCUGCUCCAAACACUGGAGGCGAGAAGGACCAUCAAGGACCACAUCGACGGCGGCGCCGGCGAGUCUCCCUCCCCCUUCGCCGGCUUCUUCGCCUUCCCACAGUACUCCACCGCCACCUCCGGCCAUGGCGGCGGCGGCGAUGCACACAGCAGGAUCGUCGUCAAGCCUGCAGAGACGACGACUACGGCCGCCGGUGGCGGCGCCGGCGCGGCGAUCGCCGACAUCGAGGCGAGCAUGGUGGAGGGCCACGCCAGCGUCAAGGUGCAGGCGCGGCGGCGGCCGAGGCAGCUGCUCAAGCUCGUCGCCGGGCUCCACCAGCUAGGGCUCACCACCUUGCAUCUCAACGUCACCACCGUCGCCGCCAUGGCCAUGUACUCCUUCAGCCUCAAGGUGGAGGAUGGAUGUAAGCUUGGGUCUGUGGAGGAGAUUGCAACUGCAGUGCAUGAGAUUCUGGAGAGGAUGCAGGAGGAGCAGGCUUUUGCUGAUGCCAAAACUAGCUUGUGAAUUGUACUGCCUGCAGCUGCCUACUUUCCCAGAUGUGCUCCAGCUGGGGAUUCUCUUGUAUGUAAUGGCACUUGGCAGUGCAGGCAUCAAAUGUUUAUUGCGAACUAGUAUUAGCUAGCUAGAAAAUAUAAUAUUUGAGAUAUGGUGGUUUUGGCAUAUAUUAAGAAGCAGGGAGAGGUUUAAUUAACUAUAUGUUUGGAUCAAUUACUUGGUACUGAAAGGAAACUAAAAAAUGAGAGACGUCAUGAUAUACAAUGCA